AUGAUGAAGCCUCAACACGACGCUACCUUCUCACGCAUGAACAAAAUCGAUGGCUGGGGAUCUUUGGAGGCCGAGGGAAAAAUAUUCAUAAUGAUAAAGCCUCAACACGACGCUACCUUCUCACGCAUGAACAAAAUCGAUGGCUGGGGAUCUUUCGAGGCCGAGGGAAAAAUAUUAAUAAUGAUUAAGCCUCAACACGACGCUUCCCCCUCAAUCGCCCCCAAAAUCGAUGACUGGGGAUCAUUGGAGGCCGAGGGAAAAAUAUUAAUAAUGAUGAAGCCUGAACACGACGCUACCUUCUCACGCAUGAACAAAAUCGAUGUCUGGGGAUCUUUGGAGGCCGAGGGAAAAAUAUUCAUAACGAUAAAGCUUCAACACGACGCUACCUUCACACGCAUGAACAAAAUCGAUGACUGGGGAUCUUUGGAGGCCGAGGGAAAAAUAUUCAUAAUGAUGAAGCCUCAACACGACGCUACCUUCUCACGCAUGAACAAAAUCGAUGGCUGGGGAUCUUUGGAGGCCGAGGGAAAAAUAUUAAUAAUGAUAAAGCCUCAACACGACGCUACCUUCUCACGCGUGAACAAAAUCGAUGACUGGGGAUCUUUGGAGGCCGAGGGAAAAAUAUUCAUAAUGACGAAGCCUCAACACGACGCUACCUUCUCACGCAUGAACAAAAUCGAUGGCUGGGGAUCUUUGGAGGCCGAGGGAAAAAUAUUCAUAAAGAUGAAGCCUCAACACGACGCUACCUUCUCACGCAUCGCCACCAAAAUCGAUGACUGGGGAUCUUUGGAGGCCGAGGGAAAAAUAUUCAUAAUGAUGAAGCCUCAACACGACGCUACCUUCUCAAUCGCUGAACAAAAUCGAUGA